AAUGGCGCGUCGCCGCGCGUCGACGAUGAGGAACCUCGGGUCGUUCUUCCUCGCCUUGCUUCUCCUCAUCGUGUCUCCGGCCGGCUCUCUGGCGGCCGCCGCACCGCCGCCGCCCAAGGGUGGUGCUGCCGCUGGCGCCAAGCAGGGCGGUGGCACCGUGAUCGGUAUCGAUCUUGGGACCACGUACUCGUGCGUCGGCGUCUACCGGAACGGGCGUGUGGAGAUCAUCGCCAACGACCAGGGGAACCGGAUUACGCCUUCCUGGGUCGCCUUCACCGACGGCGGCGAGCGGCUCAUCGGCGAGGCCGCCAAGAACCAGGCGGCGGCUAACCCGGAGCGGACCAUCUACGACGCCAAGCGGCUCAUCGGCCGCCAGUUCGCCGAUGCCGAGGUGCAGCAGGACAUGAAGCUGCUGCCGUUCGCCGUCGUCGACCGGAACGGCAAGCCGCACGUGCGCGUCGAGGUGAAGGAUGGCGACGUGCGGGUGUUCAGCCCCGAGGAGGUAAGCGCCAUGGUGCUCACUCGGAUGAAAGAGACCGCCGAGGCCUACCUCGGCGAGAAGGUCACCCGCGCCGUCGUCACGGUGCCGGCCUACUUCAACGACGCGCAGCGGCAGGCCACCAAGGACGCCGGCGUCAUCGCCGGACUCAGAGUCGACCGCAUCAUCAACGAGCCGACCGCCGCCGCCAUCGCCUACGGCAUCGACGAGAAGGGCGCCGAGAAGAACGUCCUCGUCUUCGACCUCGGAGGCGGCACGUUCGAUGUCAGCAUCCUCGCCAUCGACAACGGCGUGUUUGAGGUCCUGGCCACCAACGGCGACACCCACCUUGGCGGCGAGGACUUCGACCAGCGCGUCAUGGACCACUUCAUCAAGCUCAUCAAACGAAAGCACGGACGCGACAUCACCGGCGACUCGCGCGCUCUGGGCAAGCUCCGCCGCGAGUGCGAGCGCGCCAAGCGCGCGCUGAGCAACCAGCACCAAGUGCGCGUGGAGAUCGAGUCGCUGUUCGACGGCGUUGAUUUCUCGGAGCCGCUCACCCGGGCGCGGUUCGAGGAGCUCAACAACGACCUCUUCAGGAAGACGAUGGUACCGGUGAAGAAGGCCAUGGCGGACGCCGGGCUGAGCAAGGGCGACAUCGACGAGAUCGUUCUCGUCGGCGGCAGCACAAGGAUCCCCAAGGUGCAGCAGCUUCUCAAGGACUAUUUUAACGGCAAGGAGCCCAACCGCGGCAUAAACCCCGACGAGGCCGUGGCGUACGGCGCCGCCGUGCAGGCCAGCAUCAUCAGCGGCCAUGUCGACGAAAACACAGAGAGCAUGAUCCUCCUCGACGUCGCGCCGCUCACCCUCGGCCUGGAGACGGCCGGCGGAGUGAUGACCAAGCUGAUCCCGCGCAACACGGUGGUGCCGACCAAGAAGAAGCAGGUGUUCACCACCUACAAGGACAAACAGACGACGGUGACCAUCCAGGUGUUCGAGGGCGAGCGGAGCAUGACCCGGGAUAACCGUCUUCUCGGCAAGUUCGACCUCACCGGCAUCGCGCCGGCGCCGAGAGGGACACCGCAGAUCGAGGUCACCUUCGAGGUGGACCCCAACGGCAUCCUCAGCGUGCAGGCCGCGGACAUGGCCACCGGCAAGUCGGAGAAGAUCACCAUCUCCGGCGACGACCGGAAGCUGAGCCAGGAGGAUAUCGACCGGAUGGUCCGCGAGGCGGAGGAGUUCGCCGAGGAGGAUCGCCGGCACAGGGAGCAGGUGGACGCCCGGAACAGUCUCGAGGCGUACGUGUACAACGUCAAGGACUCGGUGGAGGGCAAGAUGGCGGACGCCAUGAAGGGACACGAGAAGGAGAAGGUGGAGGAGGCUGUGAGGGAGGCGUACGAGUGGCUGGACGGCAACCCGGACGCCGGCAAGGAGGAAUACGAGGACAAGCAGAGAGAGCUGGAGGACGUGUGCAACCCCAUCAUGUCAGCUGUGUACCGGAGGGCUGGUGGUGGCGCGACCGUUGGCAACGUCGACGACGAGGAUGACCAGGACGAGCUUUAAACAGUUUAGUCCGGUUGCUAGCUCCUGUUUCACUAACUUCUCUAUCGAGAUUUUUUUUUUCUGGUCAAAUAAACUGGUGGCCCGCGCUGCGUGGCUAACUUCGUUAUGAAAUUUCUUAUAUAAUACCAAAUAUAGUUUCACAUUAUAUUGUAAAACAUAAAUAU